CGUACCCAGGUGAAACAGGCUCUUGUGUUGCGCAAUCGGUUUCGUUCGAGAGCCGCCAGCUUGUCAGAGACUGUUGAGAGAGAGAUGUUUCAGAUGAUAUAUAUGUCUACUAUAACGCUAAACACAUGUACCGUGAUCAUUGGAAAGACAAGAGAUAAUUAAACCUAAUAAAAUAGGGUGUGAGAUUUUGGCGUGGGUAUUAUUCGACCUCGUCUUGUGGACAGCUUGAAAGAGUCGGCGGACGAGUACCGUAAUACCUCACGCACGGCCUCGGGGAAGUCUGGGCGAGCAACAUGGAUCAUUCCGCUGGUGUCGUUGUAGACGCGUCUGAGAACAAGAAGUCUUUAUUGGACAUUUUGCACGAUUUCCCAUCAGGUCCGCUAGAUAAUUAUAGGCAGAAAGCAUCCUUUGAUUGGAAAAAACUGAAAGUUGCAGUCGAGGGUGAGGAAGCUGUGAGAUUCCAGUACCAAGUAUGGAAGACGCUGGAGAAAGACCCUCUAUUCCAACAUGCCCUGGAGCCAUUACCAACCACCAAAGCAAGAGAAGUGACUUUCCUACGAGCUCAACGCUUGUUGGCUUAUGGGUUCCCACAGUCCCUGUCAAGUAACUUUCUUGGGAAUUCUUGGCUGCUAAAGGCUCUGGUUAUGUAUGAUAUGGGAUUGUUUGCUAAGUUCAACCUCAAUAGAAUUAUGUUUGGUGAAACACUUCGAAACUCUGGAUCAUCUCGACAUGAAGCCUUGGCACAAAAGUCUCAAAAACUGGAGGCAAUGGGUUGCUUCUCCUUGACAGAGCUAUCCCAUGGCACAAACACCAAGGCGAUGCGUACUACAGCUAUCUAUGAUCCAAGUACAAAGGAGUUUGUUCUCAACACUCCUGACUUUGAGGCGACCAAGGUGUGGGUUGGUAUCCUAGGGAAGUCAGCUACUCAUACCAUUGCCUUUGCCCAGCUUUAUACACCAGAUGGUCAGUGCCAUGGCCUAAAUUCCUUCGUAGUACCUGUCAGAGAUUCAAACACCCUACUACCUUUACCUGGUAUCUUGGUCGGUGACUUGGGUGAGAAGCUUGGCCAGAAUGGCCUCGACAAUGGAUUUGUAGCCUUCCAUAAUGUGAGGAUACCAAGAGAGAAUUUAUUGAAUAGACUUGGUGAUGUAACAGAGAAAGGAGAAUAUGUUACCCCUAUUGAGGAUCCAAAGGAGAGAUUUGGGGCUACUUUGGCUGCAUUAUCAGGAGGAAGGGUGGGAAUCACAUCCAUUGCAGUCUGUAACCUUAGACUAGCUAUCUCAAUUGCUGUCCGCUACUCUGCAGUCAGGAGACAGUUUGGACCCACCUCUGAGGAGGAGCUACCAGUCUUAGAAUACCAGAUGCAGCAAUGGAGAUUGAUUCCAUACAUAGCUGCUGCGUUUGUUGCAUUCCGACUGGCAGAAAACAUCAAUCUUCAAUAUUCCAGGCUAGUAACAGCAGUCUCCACCGGGGAUAAGACCAUCAAUGCACUGGAGAUGGGUAAAGAGAUACAUGUAUUGUCUAGUGCCUCUAAACCUCUUAGUAGCUGGUUAGCAAGGGACUGUAUACAAGAGUGCAGGGAGGCAUGUGGAGGUCAUGGAUACUUGUGGGUGAACAGAUUUGGUAUAUUGAGGGAUGACAAUGACCCUAACUGUACUUAUGAAGGUGAUAACAAUGUGUUAUUACAACAGACCAGUAAUUACUUACUUCAUAUGGCUCUCAGGUUACAGAAAGGCAAAAAGGUCUCAUCUCCACUGGGUUCAGUAGAUUUUCUGAAUUCAGCUGAUUCCAUUGCUAAGCAGAAGUUCUCAUCAUCAAGUUAUGAAGAUGUUCAGAAACCAACUGUUCUCCUGGAUGCCUAUCAGUGGUUGGUGGUAUAUCUUCUGCAGGAAAGUGGUCAGAAGUUUCAGUCUCAGUUGAUGGAUGGCAAUGACAUGUUCACUGCAAGGAAUGAGACCCAGGUCUUCUUUUGUCGGACCCUCUCUAUCGCAUUCAUUGAGUAUGUGGCUUUGUCACAAUUUGUGGAUUUUAUCAAGACUGGCAACCUGAUCCCUGAGCAAACUGCAGUUCUUACUAAACUCUGUAGUCUCUACGGUCUGUGGAGCCUUGAAAAACAUAUGGCCACUCUUUAUCAAGGUGGAUACAUAUCUGGAUCACACCCUGCCAGCCUGUUCAGAGAUUCUAUCCUGAAGCUAUGUAGAGAACUCAAAGAUGAAGCCGUAGCCCUAAUUGAUGUCUUAGCCCCUCCAGACUUCAUCCUCAACUCACCAAUUGGUGCUUCAGAUGGACAGGUUUACAAACGUCUUUACAAUGCCAUCCUCCAGACUCCAAACUGCCUUGAGAGACCUUCUUGGUGGAAGGAAUUCCUGGAUAAACCAGCUGUUGGUUCCUUACUUCCUGCAAAGCUCUAAGCAUCCUAGAAGAAACAAUACACCAUUUUUAACAGUACAGUGUUUACAAAACUCUGAGCACCUACCCAAGUUGAUUCAGCACUGUGAAGCUAAGUAUAUCAAAUUUACAUGCAUUUAUGUACCUUGCCAUUGAUUUGUAACUUUCAUGGAGAAUCAUACUUCUUGAUUAUUUUUUUAAAUACUUGUAUGCUCAGAAUGUUUUUCUGUAAUGUCGACCAAAGUGUGUGAUACAUGAUACUAUACCAAGUACUUGAUUUGUUUUAUAGAUCCCAGCUAGUUUGCUCUUACAAUUAAAGAAUUGUAAUGAAUCUGAAUUGAUAAGAGAUUUAAUGAUAUGUAUGGAAAUGAAAAAGGAAGUUGCAAUAUAUAGAACUAUAUUUAGAUUUUUAAUUCUUCAAUUGUACAUGUAGUUCAUUAAUGUAUGGGCAUUUUUAAUGUAAUACUCUCAAUUUCUUUACAAGAGAAAUUAUAUAUGCACAUUUUGAAAUUAUUUCUAUGCAUCUGCCAAAUGAUGGGCUGUCUGUCACACUUUUAUUCUUACUAUUAUAUAUAAGUUUUGGAAGAUUUAAUUGAUAAGUAAUUUAUUUGCAUUCCCUAGAAUAGUAUUUUACUGUUCACCCUAAACAAAUAUAUGGACAACAAACUUAUGAGGGAUAAUACUGAUAUGCUGAUCAUUAUCCAAAUAUUAGUAUCUGAAGAGUAAUCCUUCCUAGCAGACCAUUUUACUCUGAUGAUUGUGGCAUAAAUAACAGGAAAAUAUUUUACAAGCUGGCUUUUUUUUAUCGCUUUUCACCUCUAUAUUUUCCAUUUUCCUGGAAAAUGACAAAAUCACUGUCACAGGUGUAAAAAGAAUAUGUUAUCAUUGAUACUUCUUUUUUAUUUCAUAAAUUCUGUUGAGAAUUAAAGUUUCCCAACAAAAGAUCCAAUAAUUUUUUUUCUGUCGCAUUUCAUAAGGUCUGUUUUAAUGUUUUUGUUAGAUGCUGUUAUUUGUUUGGUUACAAACUUUUUAUAUAAAGUUAUAAAGAACUACUACUACUAAUUAUGAUCCGCUCUUAUAUAGCACUUAAUACAUCGGAACGAUGUAUCUACGCGCUAUACAGAUAUAUUAUUACCCCGGUCAUCGGAUUCAAUCAGUCAUUCCCGCACACAAUGUAUGCACAUUCUCCACUUCCUUGUGAAUAUCCAAGUCUGCUAAAUUCAUUUGAUUAAAGCCAGUUCUUUUCAAUUAGAAAGUAUUAAUGUUUACAUAAAUAUUUGAUACUUUAUUAUAUUGCGAGUUCGUGUUUCAAAGAAUUCAUGGGGGAACAUGCAGAGGCUACCUUGUGGAAAUUCUCUUCCAUAGUUUGCAGCCACCUUUAGGGGCAACCUGAACUCAUACCUGUGUAAGGAAUUUUUUUUUUGACAGAACCAUUUGUGUAUUCAUAUUUAAAGGUUGAUCAUGUAAUGUAUAUUUUCUUCUGUUAUAUAUGAAACAGCUUAAGCAUCUAAUAAGAAUGGUAAUCGUGCUAUAUAAAUCCUAUGUAUUCUGAUUUAUUUUAUUAUUAUUUCUUAUUAUUUGUUAUUAUCAUUGCCAUUAUUAUUAUUAGUAGUAAUAGUAUUAAUAUUAUUAAAAACACCACACCACAGGCAAUAUCACUACAUUACUCCUGAGAUUAUUUAAAAGAGUAUUAUUGAUAAAAGAAAAUUUGCCAAAUGAAUGUAUUCUACAUGUGCCAAUGAAAUUAAAAUACAUACUAACUGCAAAAUAAAG